UACAUGAACCAUUCAGUCCGACUCGUAGACUGGUUUUGUAAACAGAUUCAUUGGAAAGAUCCGACUCUAAAAGAAUGAUUCAUUCACAAAUCGGUCAUCGCUUGAAACACGUGGUUCUGUAACCAGGAGAACCGUCCUCUGAAGCUCAACAAUGGGCAGUGUGUUGGCUGCCAGUGCCCCCAGCCCGCCUGUACCAGGGCCAGGUGGACAAGGUUUGGUAUCAGUGCCACCAGGAUUCACGAUGCCCUCCGUCUCACCCGUCUCUGUCCCUGGCAGCUCUUCAGCUGGGCACCAGGAGACCGAGCCUCCCCUUCCAAACCCCGGUGGCUUUGAAGAGUGCCAUCGCAAAUGCAAAGAGGUUUUUCCAAUGCAGAUGGAGGGUGUUAGACUAACAGUGAAUAAGGGCUUGAGCAACCACUUCCAGGUGAACCACACAGUGUUGUUGAGCACUCAAGGAGAUUCCAGUUAUAGGUUUGGAGCUACUUAUGUGGGGACCAAACAAACAGGACCAGGAGAGGCCUUUCCCGUCAUGGUUGGUGACAUGGACAACACAGGGAGCCUAAAUGCACAGAUUAUUCAUCAGAUCACAAACAGAGUGCGCUCUAAAUUUGUCUGUCAGACUCAGCAGCAGAAGUUUGUGAACUGGCAAGGAGAUGCUGAAUUCAAAGGGGAAGAUUUCACUGCUGCUGUGACCUUUGGCAACCCAGACAUGUUGGUGGGGUCUGGAAUUGUUGUAGCUCAUUAUCUCCAGUCUGUCACUUCGUCACUGGCAUUAGGAGGAGAGUUAGUGUACCACCGCCGGCCAGGAGAGGAGGGCACAGUCAUGUCUCUGGCAGGCAGAUAUACAGGCAGCAACUUUAUCGCCACAUUGACACUAGGAGGAGCUGGAGCUCAUGGGUCAUAUUACCACAAAGCCAAUGAUCAGUUGCAGGUUGGUGUGGAGUUUGAAGCAAGCACCCGUAUGCAGGAAACUAGUGUAUCAUUUGGGUACCAGCUGGACGUUCCCAAAGCCGACCUGGUCUUUAAAGGUUCUUUAGACAGUAACUGGAUGGUUGGAGCUAUGCUUGAAAAAAAGCUGCAGCCUCUGCCUCUGUCUCUGGCCCUCUGUGCUUUCCUUAACCACAGAAAAAACACGUUCCAGUGUGGGUUUGGCAUCACCGUUGGUUAAACCUACCUUCUUUCUUGGUUAAUUCUUCAGUUUACACACCAGUGCUGUUGCUGGUGAAACGGUAAAGGUUCGACACACCUGUACAAAAUCAGUCAGUAACAAAGAAGCAAAACAAAGAAAUAUUUGUUGUUAGUUCCAUGUAUCAGACCAACCCCAGGGGUUUCAUAUUCCAAUAUCCAAAAAAAAAAGUAACAUCACCACAACCUGAUGAAUUAGGAGAACCAAGAAGAAAUACACAUACACACAUAAAUUUGUCUUUUUUUGUGUGUGUGUUGUUUAUCGUCCAGUUCUUUUUAUAAAUUAUUUCCUUGUUUAUUUUUCAUUUCAUUGUCACAAUCCUUUUAAAAUUUGCUGCUGAAUCUCUGUACUCACGUAGGCACCUACAUAAAUAAAAAAAAAAAAAUGUGUGCAUUGCUGGUACUGACAAACAUGGAUAAAUUAUUAAAACAAACAUAUCUAUCUAACAAACUGAGAUGUAGGUUUGGUAAAUUAUGAAUAUAUUUUUGUGGGUGUGAAAAAUACAUUAUUUAUAGGUAGAAAGUCUUUUUUCUUUCUUAUAAAUUUGUCUAUCAACCACUGUUGCAUGGGUGAGAAACAUCCAACUAAGCCAAAAUAUAUUUUCACAUGUUAUAUUCGGUUAACUAUGGUUUUUCCCACAUUGUUAUAGUUUUUGGUCGCACUUUAUUUGACAGUGCCGUAGUUACAUUGUAAUUACUCAGAUAAGUACUGAGUACUAUUAAUUAACUUCAUGUACUUACUAUAGAGUUACAGUUAGGGUUAGGGUUUGGUUUAGGGUUAGUUACUUGUAAUUAUGUAUAAUUUACUGUUAUUACUAUAGUAAGUACAUGUAGUAACGUGUAACUACGGCACUGUAAAAUAGUGUUACCAUAGGUUUUUUUUUUCCCACCAUCUGCAGUGCCUUCAUGAAUAUGUAUUUUGAGUAUUGCCUAAUGCCAUUUGCACAAGUGGUAAAAUAGAUUGUGUAUGAUAAAAAGGUUAUUUAAGUGUAAUACUGAUUACUACAUCUUCUUAGACAUAUUAAUGGUUAUAAUAUUGCGCAGUAGAGGAUAUGAGUUUGCUUUACUAACAUUAUCGCGAAAAGAUUUAUUUUUUUUUUUAGUUAGUUAGAUAGUUAGUUAGGAGAACACAUGCCACAAAAGAAUAUAGAAAAAAACCCUUUGUGCCAUUCUGUGUGACUGUAUGUUCAGCAGAUAUCAGACUCUUUCAAAUGCAGAUAACUGUUGUGAUGAAAAGGGCAAUGUCCAGAAGAAUCCUCUUUAAAACCUGACACAUCAGUUAUUAUUACAUCAACCUUACGUUAAUACGUGCAGACAAACAUGCACAGACACAAAUGUACCUCUGCACCUAAAAGAUAACUUCACAAGACUGCAAAUGAAUAAUUAUGAGAGAGUACUAUUAGUUUUUACUUCUUGUCCAUAAUUAAUGUUAGGAUUAUUAUAGCAAUGCUCAGUUUAUUUUUUUCUUACAGAUCACUUAAACCAUCAUUUUAUUGCAAAAUAUUAAAUUGCUGCUGUGGUACCUAAUUAUAUUAAGAUGUAUAACAGAUGCAAAUCUAAUAAGGUUCAUAUUUCUAUAUUUUUUUUUUUUUUUAAUUGAAUAUUCAUUUAUAAUGCUAUAUUACCUUGGCAGUAAAUUACGAAAAUGAAUUAACGCUGCUUUAAGGGCGUUUCUAAUAUGUCGGCUGAGGGAGUGACGGCGAAUUUCACAACUUUCUCUCUUCUGACUGCUGUACUCAGUCUCUCAGUAUUUUCCAUCUUUUAGAAAGUUGUGAAAAGGCUAUCGUGGAUUGUUUUCUUUUGCUAUUGUAACAAAUGCAAAUACAAAAAUUAUAUUUGCUGCCAUCUCCCAUUCACCGCUAUAGACGUUUACCCUUCCGCUUCUGAGAACCUCAGAAAUGUGAAAAGCGUCCAUUGUUGUAUAAAAGUGUUUUAUUUCAUUAUUGAAAUAAUGUGAUGGUUCGUUCUAAUUUUUUUCUUUUUAUAUUGUUUUAGCAUGGAUGGUUUGAGCAACUGUGAUAUAAAAUGCAUGACAUAUUUUUUUGCAUAGGAAUGCAGCCAUAAUAAUGACUGGAAUGCAACUAGAUCAAUAUGACAAGCUUAGCGGUCAGUUCUCAUCAUUGUUCUCCUUGACCUGAUUGAUAAGUGCAGAUGCAAACAGUCUUGAUGAUUGAUGGCUGUUUUGUGUAAUUGGAUAAAUGCCUAGACACAUGAUUUACAAUAUUGCUUAAAGUAACCUUUUACCUCACUGAUGUACUGCUGAUUUGUUCUUUUAAGACUGUGUCUUAAACCAAUAAAUGCAUCAGUUUAAAAUGAAA